CCUCAUCAGUCUGAGCCCCUUGGUUGGUUUGUCCGUCACACCAACAAACCAACAACCCCCCACCUGAUCAGGAAUGUCUUGUUUCUGGCCCCCUCAUUCCUCACCACGGACAAACCAAGAUUUACACUUCGCCUCUACUCGUGUACACCUCACGUCUUGGUAAAUCGAUCUCCAUGCAAGACCUUGCUACCAAGCACACAGAAGUCUCACUCAAAGCUUUUGGCGUCAUGUUGACGAAAGCUGCUGUGCUGUGGUCGAAAACAUUUCAAGUCCUUCGGCGGAAGUUGAACCAAAACAACCAAUUUAAAGACGAGGAUACCAACGGCGUUUAUGUCCCCAACCCGGAUGAUUAUCCAACUUUCCCCCCGUUGCCGCCGCGUGAUUUCUUUCAAGAUCCUAUCAAGCAAUUUGACAAGGUCGCCGCCCGCAAGUUCGGUGCGCCCCAGGGCGAGUACGAGGACAAGCCACUCUACGCCCUGUACCGUUUCUACGAGUUCGUCGCCCUCGACAGCGUCACAAACUACCGCAACUGCCUAGAAGCCUUCUGGCGGAAAAAGACCUGGCCUGUCCACGAAAUCCCCGAUCCUCAGGACCCCGACCCAGAGCGCUACGCUUUCCUCGCGGGAUGCACUUACCUCAUCGUGCGCGCCUUCAACGCACGUGUGACAUUGGGACUGGAUCGGCAGAUGCCGGCGCUUCUCAUACCUGAGGAGGCCGAAAUGUUGCGGAACCGGCCGGAUCAUUUGCGCACCUAUGAGAGGGUGCCCGAAUGGGCUGAGAAAGCCCACCCCCUGAAAGAGUUGUUGGUAGUUCCGACGCAUGAGGGCGGGGUCUUGGCUGGAAAGGAGGAUAAGAGAGCCGACCACGACUUCUUGGAUAAAGGAAUCCUGCUGUGGACACCGCAUAUUUCCUUUACUUAGUUGAUCUUCUUCUGUCUAGGUUAUUAGGGGUGUCAGUGGGAGUGAUAUCAGGGCUUUCUGUGCUGUUAUGUAAUACUCGUGGUCCUACCUCCAACACAUAGCGAAUUCGGGUUUUCGGCGAGGGUUCUGGAACUUUGAUAAUACUAAGCGAUCCAUAGCAAGCAUUGUGCGUGUCCCCCCGCUUUCUUUGUCUGAGACUCGCAGCAUGGCUUGCUGCGGGGGUCUCCUGUUUUUGGGUGUGAAUAAAGAAGCGAGUUUUGGGGUCACGGCCAUACAAAACCGGGGUUGCACGAGCCGCUCGUUACGAUCAAUCAUCUUUCUUCACA